AUGUCCAUCAUCCGAAAGUGGCUGAAGAGCGCCAUGCCAGGGUUUGCAACCACCAAAUUCACACCUUUGCACUUUCCCACCAGCGAUCUCCCGAUAGUCCACAAGAGCAUCAUACUCGAAGAAGAGCGACUCGUGGACUUUCAACGAGGCCUUUUCUAUCCGGUGCAGAUUGGCGAGACAAUCGCUUCCCGCUAUCAGGUCGCUGGCAAACUUGGCUUUGGCUCCACUUCUACAGUAUGGCUGGCUCGAGAUAUGCAGUCGUCGCUAUGUGCGCUCCGCCAUCGACAUGUUCACUAUCGAGCACGAGAAUGGGAGCCAUCGGUGUCUCGUACAGGAGCCAUCUGGAACGUUGGAGUUAUGAUCUGGACCGUCUUCGAAAAUUCGUACCUCUUCGUGGGCCAGGAUCCCGGAUUGCAGUGUUACUCUACUCGUGCACAUCUCGCCGAGCUCAUCGGUUCGCUGGGUCCGCCGCCUCUUGAUCUUCUUCAGCGAGGUCGCCGAGUUGAUGAGUUCUUUGACAAGGAUGGUCAAUUCAUUGCAGAUGUGACGGUUCCCCAAAGCAGUCUCGAGGACCGGGAGACUUCGUUCGAAGGCAAGGAGGAGGAAGAUUUUCUGAGGAUGGUACGAGGCAUGCUUCAGUGGCGGCCAGAAGACCGCAAAGUCGGAGGAUCCUUGGCUGAAUAG